AUGAUUAUAAAGAAAAAAAAGGACUGGAGAACUCAACUGUUCAAUCGUAGUCAAAAAAAAACUAUAGAACGUAUGAGAAAAGAAAGAAAUAACCAAAGUGUUGAAAUGGAUAGCCACACCUUUAAUAAUAAUAAUAAUAACAAUAAUAAUAAUAAUAUUAAUAAUAAUAAUAAUAUUAAUAAUAAUAAUAAUAAUAAUAACAAUAAUAAUAAUAAUAAUAAUAGCAUUAAUAACUAUGGGCAUCAACAUCUUAAUUCUUCUUCAUCAUCACAAAGCUUUCAAGAUCAGCUUGUUCAAGAUUUACAAAGUAUUUUAAUGGCUCAACAACACAAUAUAAUAUCUCCACAAUUACAACAACAACAACAACAACAACAGCAACAACAACCAUCUUUUAAUAGUAACAACAAUAAUAAUAAUAACACCAACACAUAUAAUUUCCAACCAGAAGCAAUUGAAAACAAUAAUAUAGGUAUUAAUAGUAAUGGAUAUAAUCCCAUACAACAACAAUUUCAACAACAGCAUCAAUUACAACAGCAAAUACAACAACAACAAAUUCAGUUUCAAAAUCAAAACCAAAAUCAACAAACACAUCAAAACCGACAAUUACAACAGCAACAGCAACAUCAAAUACAACAAUUACAAUUACAACAACAAUUACAACAACAAUUACAACAACAACAACAACACCAACAACAAUUACAACAACAAAUGCAACAUCAACAAAUGCAACAACAACAAAUCCCACAUCAUCAACAAAACCAACAAUUGCAACAACAACAACAACAACAAGUUCCACAUCAGCAACAAAACCAACUAAUACAACAACAACAACAACAACAACAACAACAACAACAACAACAACAACACCAACAACACCAACAACACCAACAACACCAACAACAACACCAGCAACACCAACAACAACACCAGCAACACCAACAACAGCACCAACACCAACACCAACAGCAACACCAACAACAACAACAACCACAAAACCAACAACAACAACAACCACAAAACCAACAAAUGCAGCAGCAACAACAACAAAACCAACAAAUGCAGCAGCAACAACAACAAAACCAACAAAUGCAACAACAAAUGCAACAACAGCAACAACUACAACAACAACAACAAAUACUACAACAACAACAACAAAUACAACAACAACAACAACAACAACAACAAAUACUGCAACCACAACAACAACCACAACAACAACAACAACAACAACAACUAUUACAACAACAACAACAGCAACAACUAAUGCAACAACAACAACAACAACAACAACAACAACAACAACAACAACAACAACAACAACAACAACAACAACAACAACAACAACAACAACAACAACAACCACAACAACAACAACAAAUCCAACAACAACAACCACAACAACAACCACAACAACAACAACAACCACAACAACAACAAUCUCAACAACAACCACAACCACAACAACAACAGCAACAACAACAACAGCAGCAACAACAGCAACAACAAAUACAACAACAAUAUGUAGAUGAUAAUGGAGAUAAUACAUUGUUAAUAUUUAUAUCAAAUAUGUGUAGAAAUGUAGAGAUACCAGCAUUCAGUGUCCAACCAGAUCAAUAUUAUCAAUAUUUUGUAGAGAAAAUUGUUGUAAUAUGGUCAGAUUUAAUAUCAAGUUCAGGAUCGACAAAGAUGACCCAUGAAGAAACUCAACAACAAAAAUCUUCUCUUUUUGAACAAUGUAGAAGAAUUAUAGUAACAUACCCUCACUUUUUUAAUCAAAUCAUUACAGAGCGAUUCAUUUUCGAUUUAGAGGAUUUAAAUUCAAAAAUAUCCGAUAUCUUUAAACAAUUUAAUAAUAAUAACAACAACAACAACAAUAAUGCAAUAGAGAAUAGUCCAAUUAUGGCAGAACAAUAUAAAAGAUUUCAAACCGAUUAUAUCAUUAAAUUUGAUCAACUACAAUGUUUUAAAUUCCCAGAUUAUUCACUAUCUUCAAUUAUUUCAACUUUAAAUCCAUCACCACUUAGACAACAACAACAACAACAACAACAACAACAACAACAACAACAACAACAACAACAACAACAACAACAACAACAACAACAACAAAUACAAAUACAGAACCAAACCAUACCCAUACCUCCUUCUCCUCAACCUACACAACAAUAUCAACCUAUUACUCAAUUAGACCAACAACCACAACCUCAACCUCAACCACAGCUUCAACAACAAUUACAGCAAACAAUUUUAGAUAAUAAUAAUAAUAACAAUACUAAUAAUACUAAUAAUACUAAUACCAUUAAUAAUAAUUUAGACAUAAGUAAUGAUAUAAUUAAUAGUAGUAAUAAUAUUGGCUUAUGUUCUUCACCAAUUAGUCUGGAAAAUGAAAAAGGAAAUAAUAAUAAUAAUAAUAAUAAAAUUAAUAAUAAUAAUAAUACUAGUAGUAGUAGUAGUAUAACAAUACCCAUUAAUAAUACAACAUCAUCACCUAUUAAUAAAAAUAUUAAUGAUGAUAUCAAUAAUAAUAAUAACAAUAAUAAUAGUAAUAAUAAUAAUAAUAAUAAUAAUAAUAAUAAUAAUAAUAAUAAUAAUAAUAAUACAAAUACUAAUAAUGAAAUCAAAAAAACAAACAACGAUAUUUCUACAAAUUUGUCAAUGCCUACAGUUGUCGAUUUAAAUAGUUCAAAUAAUAUAACAUCUUCAACUUUUCUAUUAAAUCCAAAUAUUAACAACAACAACAACAACAAUAGUAGUGGUGGUGGUGGUAGUAGCAGCAGUAGUAAUAGUAAUAGUAGUAGUCCAAAUAUACCAAACAAACCCAAAAAACCAGUUAAAAGUAAUAGUAAAAAAGUUAUAGAUCUAUUAGAAGAUAAUGAUAGUGACAGUAGUGAUAGUAGUGAUAGUAGUGACAGCAGUGAUAGUAGCGAUAGUAGUGAUAGUAGUGAUAGUGACAGCAGUGAUAGUAGUGAUAGCAGUGAUAGCAGUGAUGAUGAAAAGAAAAAGAAACCAAAGAAACCAAUUGUUAACAAAAAGAAUCUUGUAAAAACAAAUACAUCAACUAAUAGCAAAGAUUCUAAACCAGCAUCAACAGCAACAUCAACAACAACAACAACAACAAACUCAAAACCCUCUAUAACACAACCAACCUCAAAAAUAAAACCUUCAUCAACAAUACCAUCACAACCCACUUCUAUUACAACAAAGAAAAAACCAGAAAAUUCAACAACAUCAUUGCCAGCAUCUACAUCAUCAUCAUCACCAUCAAAUACAGUUAUUAAAUCAUCACCACCAAUAAGCAAAACAUUACCAACACCUACAUCAACAACAUCCCUUUCCUCAUCAUCCAGUGCAACAGUUAACAAACCAAUACCACCAACAACAAAGAAACCAAUUUCAACAAUAAAUAAUAAUACUUUAAAUAACAAUACCAAUAGUAGCAUUAAUAAAAUAGCAUCAAAUUCUACAUCGACUUUAGGUAAUAAAAAUUUAGGAACACCUUCAAAUUAUAAUAAUAAUAAUAAUAAUAUUGGAGCAGAGAAAAAGAAAGAAAAAGCACUCACUUUAACAGAAUCUCAAUUAACAAAUGAAAAGGAAUUACCCUCAUUAACAGAUUAUAUUGCACAAUUAAAUAAAAUUAAGAAAUCAAAUACUACUAGCGGGGUCACCAACAGCAAUAAUAAUAAUAAUAAUAAUAAUAAUAAUAAUAAUAAUAAUAAUAAUAAUAAUAAUAAUAAUAAUAAUAAUAACAAAGGAACAACAACAUCAACUACUACAGUAAUAAAUGACCCAAAUAAAAAGAAAAUUUCAUGGAAGGAUGAAAAAGGUGGUUGUUCAGUUGUAGAUAGAGUUCCAAUGUUUAUUCAAGAGUUUUCAGAAUGUGUUACAUGGCCAAGAAUUAGAGAAUUUUUAAUUGUUAUAGAUUCCAAAAUGAGUAAUGCUUGUAAAAAAAGAUUUUUAGAAUUAGGAGGAUUGGCAAAUAUUCAUACAGUAUUAAAGUAUUCACAAGAAACAGUUACAAUACCAAGAGAUACUAUUAUUGCAUUAAAGGGUUUAAAAGGGUUGCCUGUUACAGUUGAACAUUUACAUGCUGAGAAAUUAAUUGGUAAAACUAUUAGAUCAUUUAAAAAACAUUCAAAUCCAAACGUUAAAGAAUAUGCAGAAGAAUUGGAAUCUGAAUGGAUGUAUUUAAUUAAAGGUGGCGCAACUAGUAACACUAGUAGCACUACCUCCUCGGCAUCUUCUUCAUCUUCUUCAUCAAUUAGUAAUGGUAAUAAUAGUGAUAAAAAAAGAAAUAGAGAUCAACCAAUUACUGAUACUUCAAAGAAAUUAAAAUCUUCAUCAUCUUCAUCUUCAUCUUCAUCAUCUUCAUCAUCUUCAACAAAUGCAAGGUCAUCAUCACCAGUUCCAAAUACACAAUUGCCACCUAAAAAGUCAAUUAUUAAAGAAUAUGAUGACUUGUUUAUGAAUAAACUCUCAACACCAUCAUCAUCAUCAUCAUCAUCAUCAUCAUCCUCUUCUUCAUCAACAACUACUACAACCACUUCAACUGGUAGUACUAUACCAUUAUCACCACCACCCUCAUCGUCAUCAUCAUCUAAUAAUAAUAAUUCAUUAUCACCAAUAAUGACAUUUAAAACCAAACAAUCUAUUGCAGCGGCAGCAGCUAAAAAACAACAAACUCAAGAAUUAUCAGAUUCAACGGCAAAAUCUUUAUCAUCAAAUGGAGCUACAACAAAAUUAUUUGCAGCAAUGGUUGAUAAAAAAUCACAAACUAAACCAGGUGGUGGUAGUGGUGGUAGUAGUAAUGUAAGUGGAAAGAGUGAUUCAUCACAAACUCUAUUAGAAUCAAUUGGAAUUAGUUGGGAUACUCCCACUAAAGAAGAGGAAGAUUUGACACCAGUACCAGACCCAAAUAGAAGAAAAUCAUCAAAAGGUAAAGUAUCAGUUAAAUGGUUAUCCGAUGAGAAAUUGGUCAAUGUCAAAGAGUUUUGUAAAGAGGAGAUUGCAGAUGCAAAAGCAAAUGAAGAGUAUGAACUUGAACAAUCAAAACGAUUUGAAUUGGAAACUGAAAGAUUACUUGGUUUCAAACCAAUGAAAGCAACACUCGAAUGGAAAAAACCAAUACCAAUUGAAGAUACUCAAUUACCAGAUAUUAAAUUAUAUGGAUCUGAGUCAUUGGAAAAAGAUAUUCAAUUUGAGAGAGAGAAUUUCACUUUAAUGGAAUUUUACAUUGGUUCAAAUAUACCUGAUACUCCAAAAGAACCAGAUGAUGAACAAAAAGAUUAUGAUGAUAAAGAUGUUUUAAUCAUUCCUUCUGGUGAUAUUAAUGAUGUUUUUGAUGAUUCUAAAAUUAAUGAAUUAAUGAAUGUAAUUCCACCAAUUUUAUCUGACCAAAUAAAUGAUGAUAAUAUUAUUAAUAAUAAUAAUAAUACUCAUAGUAAUAGUCCAGAUGAAAAUAAUACUAAAAUGAUAAAUGAUGAAAAUAAUGAUCCAAAUAAUACUGGUAGUAGUAACAAGGUUGUUGAAAUGAUUGCAAAUAUUGAUCCAAAUAAUAAUAAUAAUAAUAACAAUAUAAAUAAUAAUAACAAUAUAAUUAAUAAUAUUAAUAAUAAUAAUAAUAAUAAUAUGAAUAACAACAAUAUGGGAAAUAUGAAUAAUAUGGGCAAUAUGAAUAACCAAUUUAAUAACAUGAAUAAUAAUAAUAAUAAUAACCAAUUUAAUAAUGGCUAUAAUAAUAAUAAUAAUAAUAAUAAUAAUAAUAAUAAUAAUAAUAAUAAUAAUAAUAAUAAUAUGAUGGGUUAUAAUAAUGGUUACAAUAUGAACAAUGGCAAUCAAUUUAAUAACAAUUAUAAUGGUGUUUAUCAAAAUAAUGGUUUCAAUAAUUUCAAUAAUCAGUAUAACAAUGGUCAAUAUAAUGGAUAUAAUAAUAGUAAUGGCCAAUUUAAUAAUAAUAACAAUAAUGUAUAUAAUAAUAAUAAUAAUAACCAAUUUAAUAAUAAUUUCAAUCAGUAUAAUAAUAAUAAUAAUAAUAACUUUAAUCAAAACUUUAAUAAUGGAUUUAAUAAUAAUAAUAAUAACAAUAAUCAAUAUAAUAAUGGGUAUAAUAAUUUUAACAACAAUAAUAAUUAUGGUAACAUGAACAAUUAUAAUAAUAACAAUAAUAAUUACUAUAAUAAUAAUAAUAAUAAUAAUAAUAAUAAUAAUAAUAAUCAGUCAUAUUCUUAA